AUGACGGCCCCAUUACCCCAGGCCGCCUACAAAAUGUGUACCCUGCGGCUCGUUAUUCGCAGUACCCCACCUGACGACGCAAAGGCACUCUACGGCAAUCUCUCCACGCCCGAGAACUUUCCCUUUAGUAGUGUCCCGCCGGACACCUCCCCUGGAGGCAUGUGUGCCCACAUUGAAAGAUGGGGCCACGACACCGCGUCCGGCAAGAAGGCCAUCCUGAUGGUCACGCUACGGGAGACGGGCGAGGUCAUCGGACAUGGCGGGUUCAACUGCUUCGAGACCACGGAGGGACAGACUUUCGAUGUCGCGCUCCAAAAUGCUCAAGACGAAAAGGAGGAGGUUGAGGGCAGCUGUAUUGAAGAGCGCCGGGCUGCGCCGUACCUGACCGACUUUGGGGUCCUUCUUAAUCACCAUCACUGGAUUGAAUUUGCUAUUGAGGAGAUUGGUUGCAGUAUCGUGCGCAUCGAGACGGAUCUCAAGAAUGAGCGAUGGCGUGCGCUCAUGACGUCGAUAGGGCUAGGCCGUCUCGAGGUUGAGCAGCCCGUGACCUAUGGUGAGCACAACAUUGGCUGGGUUUACAAGAUUGAUCGUAAAACGUGGAGUGAGGCGAGGGAAGGUUUGAAGAGAGGAGGGGAGUGGUUCUAUGAACAUGGUGAUAGUGCCGUGGUAAGAGAAAGACAGACCACUUGA